AUGUCUAACACAAAAUUGCUUUCAACGGAUACUAGUGUUUUAACUCAACGAUUGCAAAAUGCUGAAAAGUCCAUAAUAUUUCUUCAACGCGAACAUGCAUCAACAUUAGCUAGUCUUCAUGAAGAAAUCACCAAAUUGCAACAGGAAUAUAGUGAUUUGACAUUUCAAUUAACGAUUGGUGGUACUGUAAUUAAUUCUGUAGAUGAUAGUAAAAUUCGAAAAACGGUUGAACAACUUGAAAAUGAAUUAUAUCAAUAUAAAGAUAAAAUAAAAGAUUUAAAUGAAAAUUUAGAAGAAAAAGAAAAACUUUUAAAAGAUUAUGAAAAUCGUCUUAUUGUAAAUGAUCGUAAGCAUGCAUUAGAAUUACAUAAACAAUAUGAUAAACAACGAGAACUUAAAAUUGAACUUGAACAUCGUUCAAUAUUAAUUGCAGAACUUACAAAUCAAUUACAUCGGGAAAAACAACAUCAACAAAAUGUACGAAAUCGUAUUCAACUUGGACAAAUUCUUUUACCUAAUAAACCAACUAAAUUAAAAUAUAACGAUGAACAACAACAACGACAACUUUUGCCAUCCAACCGUCAUAUAUCGAAACGUUCAUCAUCCCCAAGUAAUCAAAGUAGUACUGAUCAAGAAUUAACAAAAGUUUUGUUUAUUGGACGACGUCCAACUCCUCCACAACAAUUGCAACUAAUUUCAUCUAAAAAUAUAGAGUCACACAAUGAACAAUUAUAUACCAAACGUCAACGUCAGUUACUAAACAGUCAUACAGAAAAUAUGGAUUUAAAUAAAAUCACAUCAUCACGACCAACAAAUAAAUUAUCAACUGUUCUACCGCCUAUUGUCAGUAAAAAAAUGCCACUUAAGGCAUUUGCUACAAUAACACUUCAACGCGAAGGCGAUGCUUGA